AUGAGGAUGAGUUGCAAUGGCUGUAGGAUCCUUAGAAAAGGUUGCAGUGAUGAUUGCACCAUCAAACCUUGCCUUGAUUGGAUCAAAUCUUCCGAUUCCCAAGCCAAUGCUACUCUCUUUCUCGCCAAAUUCUAUGGCCGUGCCGGCCUUAUCAACCUCAUUGAAGCCGGCCCCCAACACCUACGCCCUGCUAUAUUUAGGUCGCUUUUGUAUGAGGCUUGUGGGCGGAUUGUGGAUCCGAUAUCGGGUUCAGCAGGGUUGCUUUGGUCAGGGAAAUGGUUUCAAUGCCAAGCGGCGGUUGACGCCGUCCUCAAAGGCAAACCCAUCAAGCAAAACUCUUCUUCAUCUUCUUAUUCUUCUUCCAUUUCAUCAACAACUACUACUACUACUACUACAAUUUCUUCUGCAUUACACCAGAUUCCCCCUCCUCUCAAGAUCUACGACAUCCGCCAUGUUUCGAAGGAACCAAUUUCCAGUUCAGACCUCACCACGACCACCACCACCACCAAGACCCCCCGCAUGAAGCGAUCCUGGAACCGCAGGCCCAAAGCCCCUGCUGCAACUGACUCAACGGGUGGUAGGGCUCAUCCCGGUCUUGACUCAUCAAUAUGGCUAACUCCGCUUGGGAAUGCAGAGAGCUCGGCGGAGACCGUGGAUGGGAGCCGGAGCUUGGUUGGGUUGGAACUAACUCUGGGUUUAAUUAGUAGUUCCAAUGAAAUAGUGAAAGAGUAA